AUGAAGAUUCUAGCUUCGCUUGCAGUCAUAAGAGGGAUACAGGCUCAAGAAUUAACGGAAGCAACUGCUCCUGAAUGGACAGGAAUACAAGUCAACGCUCCAUCUGACGAUGUCAAUAUCGGUAAUCAAGCUUAUCUUACUGAUUACUACCUGAGACCAUCUGAUGCGGUUGCCCUCGCUGAAGCCGGAUUCACAGCUGAGAAUGCUCGAAUUAUGACCCCCGAAGAUGGAUACACUGAACCAGAAGACAACGGAUCGGCUCCUCGAGGAUUAACAAACUCAAACAAAUGGCGGCCUCUAGUUCAAGGCGGACCCGUGACAGUCCCAUAUUAUGUUCACAGCACCGCAAUUAACUUUCAUAGUCUGAUCCAGACCUCUCUGGCGUCCUUGGCCAAUGACCUUGCAUGUUUUUCGAUGCCUGAAGUCACUGACGGGGAAAUCGGCUCAACAUCUUACGAAAAUGGAAUCGUUUUCGUCGGUCACAAUGACGGUUGCUACUCUGCUCUUGGUCUUGCCCCAGGUGCGCAUUUUGGAACACUGGGAGUCAGUAGCAUCGCCUCUUUCGGCGUUCCGUCGACUUGGCAAGUCAUUGCGUUGGACCCUGGUUGUACUCCAGAUAAUCCGUCGACCGUCCAGCACGAAAUGCUUCACGCACUGGGAGUUCUCCACGAGCACCAGCGGCCUGACAGAGAUACGUAUAUCAUCUUCGAUCCUUCCGCAACCAACAUGCCGAGUCAGUUUGAUCUUAUCUCGUCCAAUCAGUGGUUUGACAUGGGAAGUCCCUUGGAAAUCGAGUCCGUUAUGACUUAUUGCUCUUUCUGCGGCGCAAAUGGCAACUCUCCAGUUAUGACCAUCAGAGCGACUGGAGAAACUUUCAAUGAUCAGUACAGAGUGACAACAACUGAUGCGAAGCAGUUGCAACAUGCAUAUUGCGAACUGGACCCAGAAAACUUUCCCGGCUUCACUUACAAGGAAGCAAUCAGUUGUACUUCGAAUGACAAGCUCGGUUUCACCCGGGAAAUUUUCACCGAUCGCCUGUGUGAUAAUGUUCCUGACUGCGGUGGCGGAGAGGAUGAAACUGGGGAACUGAAUAAGUGCAAUCCAAAAACGCCAAAUACAAGCAAUGGUUGCUGCGGCUCCAUCAAUUUCCCUGCACGAGGAGAGUGUGUUUCAAAUGGUGAGGUUUACAACGGCAAAGAUGUCUGGGAGUGCGCCAACAAUGGUGUGAUCGCUUAUUUCAACGGAGCAUGGUACGUCUUUACUGCUGAUUCGUGGCCUCUUGCAGGGGGAUACUCAUACUGGGAUUACGCAGUAAACGACAAUGUAUGUCCUCCCAUCAACGAAGGGUGGAACAGUGGCACUAUUGCUACGUGCGUUUGGGCAGGUGCGGAUACCUCAGACGAAUGCGACCCGGACCCUUGCGAUCCAAAUGCGACCUGUACAGAUUUGCACGAAGACUAUAGAUGUGAAUGUAAUGAGUUUUACACGGGAGAUGGUGAGACUUGCACACUUAUCCCUGAGGUCGAUGAAUGCUCUGAUGGAACUCACGAGUGUGAUCCCAACGCGGUUUGUACGGAUGAAAGAAUCGACUUCACUUGUGAAUGCGCUGAUGGGUUUAAAGAUAGUCACCAGGGCGACGCUCCAGGAAAAUCAUGUGUUCCAGACGAUACUUGUUGCGAAGUCAUCGAAAUCACUAUCUGGUCUGGCCCCCUCGAAUGCACACAAAGCGAGACUCAGACACAAUAUGACCGUCCAAUAUGGGAAUGCGAGGGAAACCAAUUCUUCCUCAAAUAUCAUCCAUCCUUAAACCCUCCAUUUGCUCUCUUCGAUAGUGGAGGAAGUUAUUAUCCCAAUUAUAUGUUUCCAGCGACUCAAGAUGGAUAUUGUAUCGACACAGAAGAUCCCACAACAGCAUUUUCCACCGCCGCACCAACACGACCACCUCCAGUCUGUCUCGAAAAUACGAAUUUUGGUGACGUUUUCGUCUGGGAAAUCGAAAAUGGAAUGGACAAACCCACACCUGAGUCAAAUUUCGAGCUUGAUAUCAACAACUUUGCCGGCGCUAAUGAUUUUGCGGUUACUGGUAAAUCAUGCGAUCCCGGAUAUGCGUGGACAGAUUACGCGGUCUCACUAGAGUUUUAUUGUCUGUUCGGGACCUCCCAAACUCCGGAUGAUUUCCUGGCAACACUCAAUAGCAAUAAUCCCCCUGGUUGGACGACUUUUACAACUGUUGGAUACGCGGACUCGUACAAAUUUGCAUUCGAAAUAGCUACAGAUACAACUGGACUUCAGCCAGCAGGAGCUUAUGAGAUUUGGAUUGCGUUUGUCGGAGAGCUUCAUUUGCGAUUCGAGAAUUUUGACGAUUCUUCUUCUCGAAAACGGCGGUUUGCUGUCCCCGAAAUCGACAUCGACGCAUUCGUCCAAGACGUCGCCGCAAACGCUACUGCUGACUUUCAAUCAUCCAUCGACGCCGGAGACGCUACUGUCGCUGUCACAACAGAAACCACUGUGGAAGUCGAAGUAGUUGCUCCAGUUGAAGAUCCAUUAGAUCCAACUCAGCCACCAGCGACAACUACGACGCCUGGACCGACUACUGCCGUUGAUGAUUGCGUUUUGGACCAGUUCACGGACACGAUUGUCGUCUGCGACGGGGGAAUUCUCGAAGUAGCUGUCCCUGUUUGCGCGAUUGUCAAGGGCGGUUUCGACCCAGCAGCUGUGUUCAUGGGCGAGGACACCUGUACCGGAACCAUUGUCGGUGGCGCACUCGUCUUCCUCGCAGAUAACGACGGCUGUAAUGUCAUGCCUACUGUCAAUGAUACUCACAUUGUCUUCGAAUCGACAAUCAUGACUUCCGGUGGCGGCUUUUCGAAUUCCGUCAUUUCUCGACGAUUUGGACUCGAAAUGGACUUUUCUUGCUCCAUCGAGCGAGAAGUGGUAGUUUCUAUAGAAAAUGGAAUUGAAGUCAACGUCAAUCAUUUCAUCGUCGAUCUUGGUGAGAAGCUGGGAACGUUUGAAACAUCAAUGGGCGUUUUUACCGACGACACGUUUACAACUCCGAUCUCAAUGAACCAUACAUUCAACGUUCCAGAUAUGGUCUACAUCGGCAUCUCUCUCGACAACUCCGACUCUCUGGCAGUCUCUCUUGACACUUGCACGGCUUAUGUCGAGUCUGACACUUCAAGAUCAGCAGGAUACGAUCUCAUCGCUUCUGGUUGCGCUGUCGAUCCAACAACGAACAUAUUGGCUGUCAAUACUGGCCCUUUUGCCGAUUUCGAAUUUGAAAGCUUUCAAUUCGUUGACAGCAGCGAUCCGAUCAUUAUUGAGUGCGACAUCGUCAUUUGCGAUCCUGACCAGAGCGAUUGCAUAACCUGCGCUAGCAGAAAAAGACGAAAUGCAAUGCCGAAUCUCAAUUCUUUCACAGCAAGCGUUACCAUCAACACGCAAAAUAAAAGCAACCCCUAA